GUGUUGCCUCAGUGCAGGAGGCCUUACAGUGUUCUUACCUUACCCAGGAGGAUCCAGACAGAUCAGCAGUGACUCCAGAUUAACCCAUUUUCUGACUUACUCUCUGAUGGUAUAGGCCCAUCCGCAUCUGCCUCUCCACAAUGGUUGUUCCUGCAUCUCAGGACAAAAUGUACCACCCUCCUGGUGACCUGCAGAGGGAUGCUCAUGUGCCUGAUUUUAACUCCUAUUUGGCACUGUACAGGAAGUCUCUAGAGAAUCCAGAAGCUUUCUGGAAGGAAAUUGCUGAUGACUUUUUUUGGAAGAAGCCGGCAACAGGACCAAUGCUGCAGUACAACUUUGACGUGACUAAGGGAAACAUUUAUGUCAAAUGCAUGGAAGGGGCCAAAACCAACAUAUGCUAUAAUGUCCUGGACAGGCAUGUGAAAGAGAGGAACCUCGGUGAAAAAGUAGCCUAUUACUGGGAGGGGAACUCACCUGACCACCACAUGACCAUCACCUACCGUCAGCUGCUGAGCCAGGUGUGCCGCUGCGCUAAUGUCCUCAAGCAAAUGGGUGUGAAAAAGGGAGACCGGGUGUCUAUUUACCUUCCCAUGAUCCCAGAGCUGGUCUGCACAAUGCUGGCCUGUGCAAGAAUAGGUGCUGUUCAUUCCAUCGUGUUUGCAGGUUUCUCUGCUGAAUCUCUGUGUGAGAGGAUUAUGGAUGCCCAGAGCAGCAUCCUGGUGACAGCAGAUGGUGUUUACAGAGGAGACAAGCUGAUCAACCUGAAACAGAUUGCAGACGAGGCACUGGAGAAGUGCAGGGAAAAAGCAUCAUCUAGCGUCACUAAAUGCCUAGUUGUCAAGCACCAUGCACUGAAGACAAAAAGUGGAUCAGCAUGCAACAAACUACAGACCCCCUGGGACUCAGACUGUGAUGUGUGGUGGGAUGAGGUGAUGAGAGACUCUCCUGAGGAGUGUGAACCAGAGUGGCUGGACGCUGAAGACCCUCUAUUUAUCCUCUACACCAGCGGGUCCACUGGAAAACCAAAGGGUGUUCUUCACACUGUUGCUGGGUAUCUGCUCUACACGUCACUGACCUUCAAGUAUGUUUUUGAUCAUCACCAUGACGACGUGUACUGGUGUACAGCCGACAUUGGAUGGAUCACCGGUCACUCCUACAUCACCUACGGCCCCCUUGGAAAUGGCGCUACAAGUGUUCUGUUUGAAGGCAUCCCAGUCCAUCCACACGUUGGCCGGUUCUGGGAGAUUAUUGAGAAGUACAAAGUGACCACCUUUUACACGGCUCCCACAGCCAUCCGCCUGCUGAUGAAGUACGGACGGGAACCGCUGCAGAAGUAUGACCUCUCCAGCCUGAGGAUUCUGGGUACUGUUGGUGAGCCGAUCAACCCGGAGGCGUGGCACUGGUACUACGAGGUGGUCGGUCAGAGCAGAUGUCCGGUGGUCGACACUUUCUGGCAGACAGAAACAGGAGGUCAUGUCUUGACUCCUCUGCCAGCUGCCACACCACUGAAACCAGGCUCUGCUAGCUUUCCUUUCUUUGGAGUGGAGCCGACAAUCCUCAACGAACACGGGGAGGAACUGGAGGGCGAGGCUGAGGGUUAUCUCGUUUUCAAGAGGCCCUGGCCGGGUAUCAUGCGCACUGUGUACAAAAACCAUGAGCGUUUCGAGAACACCUACUUCAAGAAAUUUCCAGGCUUCUAUGUGACUGGUGAUGGCUGCAGACGGGAUAAAGACGGAUAUUACUGGAUCACAGGAAGAAUAGAUGACAUGCUGAAUGUGUCAGGCCACCUGAUGAGCACAGCAGAGGUGGAGGCAGCGCUGACGGAGCACCCGGCUGUGGCAGAGGCUGCGGUGGUGAGCAGGCCUCACAAGGUGAAGGGCGAGUGUCUGUACUGCUUCGUCACUCUCAAAGACAGAAGGGAGUUCAACCAUAUACUGGUGGAGGAGCUCAAGAGACUGGUGAGAGAAAAAAUUGGACCAAUCGCCACGCCAGACUUCAUUCAAAAUGCUCCAGCACUCCCCAAAACCCGCUCAGGUAAGAUCAUGAGGCGAAUCCUCAGACAGAUCGCCCGCAACGAGAAGGACCUGGGUGACCUUUCAACCCUGGCAGACCCUAAGGUGGUGGAGGUGCUCUUCAGCCAGAGAUGUGAAGCUGCAGCCUGAACGAACACAUCUCUCUCUUUUUCUGUCUUUUGUUAUGCAACGGUGAAGGUGAUCACAACCUUCCCCUGUUGGAUCCGGGAAGGUCGUGAUGCGCCCUCCUCUUUGGGACUGAAUGUAGGGACUGGGAUCAGAAAAUUACACUGCUGGCAUUGAAGCAUUUAAAUUGUUGUUUUAUGUGGAAAAGACAAUAGAAAGCAAUUGAAAACGUCCAAUAAAAUGUCAGCGGUGCAUUUAUAUAAAUGUACAGUGAUGAUGGAGGUUGUUGUUGGUUUGUGUUUGGGCCAAAAUGUCUCAUAUUAUUUGAGGAAAGAGUGAAUCCCUCUUUAGAAAUAGAGAAGACAACUUCUCACAGCUGAUUACUGAUGUAUAUUUUCAAUUUGUGGCACAUUUAUAUGACCUGAGAAUAAACUGUUGAAUCUG